AUGACGAGAGGGUCCCCCGAGUAUGAGCGCCUCGUACGAAACGUCAUUGAUGAAGGACUGAUAGCCACAUGGGCCCGCAACCAGCCUUCUUGCUCCUCGCCUCGAACCGACCGUCAAUCCAGGCCGAGCAACACACGGCGCUCCACGAGGGAGCGCACUACAGCAUCGUCGAUUCCUGAUAAUAUCAAGGCAGUGAUCCCUGUUGUGAACGACUGUCAGAAUAAGCAUGAGCUGAUCCGCUUACCCACAGAGGUUUUCGACUACGUGACCAACAAACACGGUGAUCUCAAGCCUGGACACCCGAACGUUGCGAACUGA